ACCGUUCACUUUCAAACUCCCGAAGGAGAAGAGAUAGAUGUCAAAGCAGCCGAAGGUGAUAGUCUUCUUGACCUUGCCCAGCGUUACGAUAUCGAUCUUGAAUGUGCAUGCGAGGGUUCUUUGGCAUGCUCGACUUGCCAUGUAAUUUGUGAUCCUGAAUAUUAUAAUAAGAUGGAGGAACCCACAGAUGAAGAGAACGAUAUGUUGGACUUGGCCUUUGGAUUGACCGAAACAUCUCGAUUGGGCUGUCAGAUCUUUAUGGAUAAAUCUCUCGAUGGACUUAAAGUCCGUAUUCCUUCUGCGACUAGAAACCUGCGUGUGGAUGGUGUGUAUUAA